AUGGAUGAACUUGUAGUUGUUUGGAGAGUGUUUGCUGUCGCUCUGUGCAUAAAACUGCUUUUGGUUCCUUCUUAUCACUCGACUGAUUUUGAAGUACAUCGCAAUUGGCUUGCAAUCACUAGUAGUCUUCCUACUUCACAAUGGUACUAUGAGUCCACGUCGGAAUGGACUCUGGACUAUCCACCAUUCUUUGCAUGGUUUGAAUGGCUACUAUCCAAAAUAGCAUUCUAUUUUGAUCCUGGGAUGCUUCAGAUCAAUAAUUUAAACUAUGCCAGUUUUGAAACAGUACUAUUUCAACGAAUGUCAGUAAUGGCUACUGAGAUUGUUUUCUUUGCUGGCAUUGUUAGAUUGUUGUAUGCAAUGAAGGUCCCCAAAAGUUAUUUUAGUAUACUGCUGGGACUGGCGUUUUUGAAUCCUGGUAUCUUGAUUGUAGAUCACAUUCAUUUUCAAUACAAUGCGUUCAUGUACGGCAUUCAAUUGCUUUCAAUUGCAUCCUUUUUCGAGGGACAACAUAUUUUAGGAGGAAUUCUGUUUGCAGUCGUGCUGAAUUUCAAACAUAUUUACCUUUAUCAAGCACCGGCAUACUUUAUCUAUUUACUAUCUGGGUAUUGCUUUACAGGAAAAUAUCAAUUUUCAUUGUUGAGACUUUUUUCACUUGGAGCUGUAGUGAUUGCUGUUUUCGCUUUAUCAUUUGGGCCAUUUACAGCGCAUUUACAGCAAAUCAUAUCUCGUUUGUUUCCAUUCAAGCGUGGACUGUGCCAUGCAUACUGGGCACCCAAUUUUUGGGCAUUGUAUUCAUUUGCAGAUCGUGCACUUUUGCAAGCUAGUGUUAUUAUGGGAAGAGAUCAAGGCAGAUAUGUAGGAUCUCUUACUCGUGGACUGGUUGGUGAUACCAAAUUCAGCAUUCUUCCAAUGAUUACACCGCUGCAUACUGUACUAUUGACUUUAGCAUCGCAGUUGCCAAUUUUAGUAAAGCUUUGGUUCAAUCCAACCCCUGAUGGUUUUUUGAAUGCACUGAUUCUAUGUGGAUUCGGAUCGUACAUGUUUGGAUGGCAUGUUCAUGAAAAAGCAAUCUUGCUUGUUUUGAUUCCACUAUGUUUUGUUGCCAUCAAUCGUAAAUAUGCUCGUUGCUUUUUGAUCAUGUCUGUUGCCGGCUAUUAUUCUUUGUUUCCGCUACUGUUUGGAAAGCAAGAAAUCAUCACAAAAUCUAUUGUACUAUCACUUUAUAUGAUGUUUGCCAUCUGUUUUAUCAGUCGUGCUGUCCGACCGUUUUCAUUGCAUCGUAUUGAGCGACUGUAUAUGGCAGGGUUUAUUCCACUUUUUGUGCACGCUGAGUUGCUUCAUCCCAUUGUGUUUGGGAACCAAUUCGAGUUUUUGCCCCUCUUGGCAGUUUCAGUUUACUCUGCAGUUGGGAUCAUUUACUGCUGGAUCAUGUUUUAUACAGCUGCCAUGUCUACGUAAUGGUCUUUAAUAAAUCAAACCACACAUCUUGACAUAUC